UCGUCCGUGUGCGACAUGGCUGAGGAGGAGCUCUCCAAGGACCCGUCCGCCAUGGCGCGCCUCCUCUACUCCUAUCGCAACGUCGUGAAUGGCUUUGCGGCGCGCGUCACCGAGGAGGAGGUGUAUGAGAUGACCAAGAAGGACUGGUUCGUCAAGGCCAUACCGGAGAAGACAUACAAGCUGAUGACCACGCACACGCCGCAGAUGCUCGGGCUAACCGGCAAAGCGUUCCACGGAGGCAUGUGGAACAGGAGCAACAUGGGAGAGGGAAUUAUAAUUGGCGUCCUCGACGAUGGCAUCUGCCCCGGGCACCCGUCGUUCGACGCGACGGGCAUGCCGCCGCCGCCCGCCAAGUGGAAGGGCCGGUGCGACUUCAACAGUUCGGUGUGCAACAACAAGCUCAUCGGCGCGCGGUCGUUCUACGAGUCGGCGAAGUGGAAGUGGAGAGGUAUCGACGACCCGGUGCUGCCCGUCAACGAAGGCUCGCAUGGGACGCACACGUCGAGCACGGCGGCUGGGGCGUUCGUGCCCGGGGCGAACGUCAUGGGCAACGGGCUCGGCACGGCCGCCGGCAUGGCCCCCCGUGCGCACAUCGCGCUCUACCAGGUUUGCUUCCGGGAGAAUUGCGACCGCGACGACAUACUCGCAGCGCUGGACGACGCCGUCGAAGAAGGCGUCGACGUGCUCUCGCUCUCGCUCGGUGACGACGAGGCCGGAGACUUCGCAUACGAUCCCAUCGCGGUCGGAGGGUACACCGCCAUCAUGAAAGGGGUCUUUGUCAGCGCGGCCGGUGGGAACAUGGGCCCGGACCCAGCAACAGUGGCCAACGAGGCGCCGUGGCUGCUCACCGUGGCGGCAGGCACAACUGACCGGAGGUUCGUGGCCACCGUGAAGCUUGGCAAUGGGGUCGAGCUCGACGGCGAGUCGCUCUUCCAGCCGAAGAACUUCCUGAGCGUGCAGCGGCCGCUGGUAAGGGACAUCGGCGACGGUACGUGCUCCGACGAGAGAAUCCUAACGCCGCAGUACGUCGGCGGAAAAAUAGUCGUUUGCGACGGCGGUGGCAAUUUGACCGCCCUCCAGAAGGGGGAAAAGCUACGCAACGGUGGCGCUGCUGUCAUGAUCAUCGUCACCCUCAAGGUAUUUGGCUCGGUGAUCCAACCCAAGGCGCACGCCCUCCCAACGUUGCAGGUGGUUUACACGACGGGACAGAAGAUCAAGGCAUACAUGAACUCCACGGACAACCCGACGGCCGAGCUGAUCUUGAAAGGCACGGUGCUCGGCAACCGCAAGUCGCCGGUCGUGGCGGCGUUCUCGUCACGGGGGCCGAGCAAGCAAAACCAGGGGAUUCUCAAGCCCGACAUCACGGGCCCUGGAGUGAACAUCAUCGCCGGCGUCCCCAAGCCGGCGGGGCUCAUGACGCCUCCCAAUCCACUGGCGGCCAAGUUCGACAUCAUGUCCGGCACGUCCAUGGCCACGCCGCACCUCAGCGGGAUCGCCGCGGUAAUCAAGAAAGCGCACCCGACGUGGUCGCCGGCAGCGAUCAAGUCGGCCCUGAUGACAACGGCCGACACAUUGGACCACCGCAGGAUGCCGAUAGCCGACCAGAGCGGGUACCCCACCAACCUGCUCGCGCUGGGUGCCGGCUUCGUCAACCCGAUGAAGGCCCUGAGCCCGGGGCUCGUGUACAACUUGACGGCAGUGGACUACAUCCCCUACCUGUGCGGGCUCGGGUACAGCGACCAUGAGAUCAACUCGAUCAUCCACCCGUUGGCGCCGGUGUCGUGCAAGCAGCUGACCGUCGUCGAGCAGAAGGACCUAAACUACCCGUCCAUCACAGCGUUCCUGGACCGGGAGCCCUACUCCGUGAACGUCAGCCGCGCCGUGACGAAUGUCGGGCGCGGCAGGGCCGUUUACGUCGCGAAGGUUGAGGUGCCGAGGACGCUGUCGGUGACGGUGACGCCGGACACGCUCAGGUUCAAGAAGGUGAACCAGGUGAAGGCGUUCACGGUCACCAUCAGGAGCGUGGGCGGGCGGAUGAAGGCGGGGAUCGCUGAGGGGCAGCUCAAGUGGGUCUCGCCCAAGAACGUCGUGCGCAGCCCGAUCCUCGUGUCGGCCAAGAAGUUCGUCCAGGAUAACUCAACUACUGCUCAUCUGAGUCAUUAG